CGUCCAGUCUGCAGCGGCGCGCCUCCUCGGCCCCUCCCUCCCUGCAGGAGCACCGUCCGCAGUGGCUCCUCCUCCGUCAGUGCAGCAGACUGCGGAGUCCAGCGCGCGCUGCCUGCACACGACGCACACGGAGCGCUGCAAUGGAUUUCAUUUCAGUUUUGGUGAUGAUGGCUCUAGUGGUUUCAGUUGACGGAAGUAUUGGACCGAGUACGAAUACCAGCUUCUGCACGGAGUCAAAGGAAUGUCUGGAGUACGAGCUGGUCUGCAAAACAGACGAGUAUGAGGUGCGGCGCUACACUCCUACUCGCUGGGUGUCCACAGACGCUGAAGCCUAUUUCAUGGGAGUCGGUGCAGCCAUGGCCUUCAGGAGACUUUUCCAGUACAUCACUGGAGCUAACGAAGGAGGCGUCCAGAUGGAGAUGACUGCACCCGUCCUGGUGAAGAUCCCCGAAGAGACCAAGAUGUGGGAGCCGGCGAUCUACACUCUCAACUUUCCGCUGCCUGCAGCCUAUCAGGACAAGCCGCCAACGCCCACCAGUGACAAGCUGUAUUUCACUGAGAUGCCAGAGAUGGACGUGUACGUGAGGAGUUAUGGAGGCUGGAUGCUGUCAGUCACCUCCAGGCUCCACGCCCACCUGCUGACUAAAGAGCUCCAGAGGGUUCGAGCCUCCUACAACCACACCUACCACUACGGAGUCGGAUACGACAGCCCCUUGAAGCUGUUGAACAGACAUAAUGAGGUGUGGUAUGUCGCCGAAGGGGCGCCAGUGUGCACAGAUCCACAAGAGCCCACCCCUGCACACACACCCCACCCAACUCUGACGGAGUCACCCACAGACUCACCCACUGACUCCACCCCACACACUGUCACUGACUCCGCCUCACUCGCACCGUCCAACCUGUCCUCAGAUACGCCCUCCAACUCCACCUCACAAACGCCCUCUGACACCACCGCCCUCUACCAAUCUCACACCCAACCAAGUCCUGCGUCAGACCUUCCAGCCGGAGCCACAUUCAGCCAUGCCCCCACCUCUGCCCAGGUCUCUGUAGACCCAACAAAUAACUCCUCCCAUCCCAUCUCAGUCAGCCCAUUCCUGGAGCCCGAGGCUGAUCUGGCGCUCUGGAACAGCACAGCACACAGCUCGCUGGAUGCACAAGCUGACAACAAUCCUGUGGUUCAGCCCGACCCGGCUCAUUAGCUGCGAUUACACUUAAUUAAAAUCCUUUCCAGAUAUAUUCAAAUGGAAACCAUUAGAAUGUAACAGAAGGGUGUGCAGGGGCGUAGCUAGGGGUUCAUUUUCAUGACUGCCAUUAUAACUUCUAAUAACGCCGUCUGAAUCAUUAUCAGAAGCAAUACUCAAAUUACAGUUUUAAAACAGCCAAUCUUUUUUUUUUUGAGUGUUGUGAAACAAUGAAUCUUUUUUGAAACAAUUGGCUCAUGUAGUUUGUGCAGCAUUACAAAAA